GGAAGGUGUUACCUCGCCCGCCUUUGCCCGACGACCCCCUGUCAGUCUACGAGACGCGCGUGCCUGUUCUGCCGGUCUUCACGCGAGCUGGAAACUUUGAUUUAGUUUCCUCAGUCUGUUAUCGAAUACCUUUUGGGAAAGUGUCCGUCGCGCUCAUAUAUCAUCUGCAUUACGAAUGGCUGGAAGAAAACUGGCAUAGAAGAAUUGUUGUUUUCGGUUAAGAGAUCCUCCUUACCUCUCUUCCUUACGCUUUCCUUGCAAGACAGAACUUUCCAAAGGGAGUAUAGUUGGAUAAAAGCAGAAAAUAUUUAUCAAAAUAUGAAGACAAAUAACUGAACAAAUACAAAACCAAAACACAAAUAUAAAUUCCAAAGCUUGGUGAUAUACAUUAAACAUUCUCAUAUACUAUGGAUGUGAUCAGUCGAGCGAAAUCUUUAGGCAAAUCUAAUACCGUAGUACAGUGAUUUUUGUUUUCCCUUUUUUCAAUAUUAAAUAGAAGUUUAACACUUUUCGCAAAAUGAGGUUUGAGGUCUUCCUGGCCUGGACGUUGUGCUGCUCGCUUGGUGCUCGAGUUAUUGCGUCAGCCAAGGUCAUCCGCCCUUCCCUCCAGACGCCGAGGACCACCGCCUCGAUCCUCCUCCGUCAGCACCACCACCGCCUACACCACCAGCAGGAGCAAGCAGGUCGGCGGUCGGGGCGGAGCAGCAGCGGCGCAAUUAGUUUAGCAGCUGACGGCGUUGGAAGCAUCGGCAUGAGGCUAGACGGAAGUAGCAGUAGUCCCGUGGAGCCUAUCAAGCCCCUCCUGGAUCUCAGUUCCGAGGGCGAAGGGGGGUCUCAGGCUGCCCCCCCUUACCCUAUGUUCGACGAGGCCGCCCCCAGGAACGUCUCCGGGCUCACAGGCAACGCUGCCUACUUGCACUGCAUCGUGCAUAACCUUGGCAAUAAGAGUGUGUCCUGGAUCCGCCAGAGGGACCUGCACAUCCUCACCGUCAAACGCUACACCUACACGACAGAUCAGCGCUUCGAGGUGAUCCACUCCGAGGGCUCAAAGGACUGGAUCCUCAAGAUUAAGUACGCUCAGGUUCGGGAUUCCGGAAACUACGAGUGCCAGGUGUCCAUGAAGCCUGUGAAGUCCUAUGUGAUUCAUCUGAACAUUUUCGCUGCACCAAAAGCCAUGAUCAUUGGGGCUCCGGAUAUGCAUGUUGAUAAAGGCUCAACGAUCAAUCUGACGUGCAUCAUCGCCCACAGCCCGGAACCACCUGGCCAUAUAUUCUGGUAUCACAAUGGAAAGGUGCUGAACUACGACUCUCCAAGGGGCGGGAUCACAGAGGUCACAGAACGGGGCAUAUCCACCACAGGCUACCUUCUCAUACAGGACGCCCGCCCUUCCGAUACAGGCAACUACUCCUGCGAGUCUUCAAAGACCGCUCGUUCCACCAUGCGCGUUCACGUCCUCAACGGCGAGACCCCCGCCGCCAUGCAGACCAAUGGAGGAAGGUCCUUGCUCCUUCCGGCCGUCGGUGCCGCUCGAGGACUUUCUCUGCUUCAGGUGCUUCUCCCUUCCCUUCUCCUGCUGCUGCUGCCUGUGCUGGCGGACGGCCUCUCCUUCAGACGCUGGGGAACCUGAACACGUGAUCUCGCCCUUCCAGUUCUCACGACGCGGUGAAAGAGAGAAGGAAAUGUAAAUAUUGCCAGAGACCGUGAGUGGAGGAACUAACUUCACCCGGAAAGUGCCUUCCAACUUGGAUUAUUUAUAAAUAUUCCGUAGAGUUCUGUACACGUUAAGACUCGAGUCAUUUAGU